CUAACCAGAGUUCCUGUGGAGUCCUGCGGGCAGUAUCGGAGCUGUGGCGAGUGUCUUGGCUCAGGUGACCCUCAUUGUGGCUGGUGUGUGCUCCACAACACGUGCACCCGGAAGGAACGGUGUGAGCGCUCCAGGGAACCCCGAAGGUUUGCCUCAGAGAUGAAACAGUGUGUCCGGCUGACAGUCCAUCCCAACAACAUCUCUGUCUCUCAGUACAAUGUGCUGCUGGUCCUAGAGACAUACAAUGUCCCGGAGCUGUCAGCAGGUGUCAACUGUACCUUUGAGGACCUGUCAGAGAUGGAUGGCCUGGUAAUAGGCAAUCAGAUCCAAUGCUACUCCCCUGCAGCCAAGGAGGUGCCCCGCAUCAUCACGGAAAAUGGAGACCAUCAUGUUGUCCAGCUGCAACUCAAGUCAAAGGAGACCGGCAUGACCUUCGCCAGCACCAGCUUUGUCUUCUACAACUGCAGUGUCCAUAAUUCAUGUCUGUCCUGUGUGGAGAGCCCAUACCGCUGCCACUGGUGUAAAUACCGGCAUGUUUGCACCCAUGACCCCAACACAUGCUCCUUCCAGGAAGGCCGAGUGAAGAUGCCAGAGGACUGCCCCCAGCUGCUGCGAGUGGACAAGAUCCUGGUACCAGUAGAGGUGAUCAAGCCCAUCACCCUGAAGGCUAAGAACCUCCCACAGCCUCAGUCGGGACAACGAGGCUACGAGUGCAUCUUGAACAUCCAGGGCACUGAGCAGAGGGUUCCUGCCCUGCGCUUCAACAGCUCCAGUGUGCAGUGUCAGAACACCUCUUAUUCCUAUGAAGGGAUGGAGAUCAACAAUCUGCCAGUGGAACUGACCGUCGUGUGGAAUGGACACUUCAACAUUGACAACCCAGCUCAGAAUAAAGUUUACCUCUACAAGUGUGGGGCCAUGCGUGAGAGCUGUGGGCUUUGCCUCAAAGCCGACCCAGAUUUUGAGUGUGGCUGGUGCCAGAGCCCAGGCCAGUGCACUCUGCGCCAGCACUGUCCUGCCCAUGAGAGCCGGUGGCUGGAACUGUCAGGUGCCAAUAGCAAAUGUACCAACCCUCGGAUCACAGAGAUCAUCCCAGUGACAGGCCCUAGGGAAGGGGGCACCAAGGUCACCAUCAGAGGGGAGAACCUGGGCUUGGAAUUCCGGGACAUUGCUUCACAUGUCAAGGUGGCUGGUGUGGAAUGUAGUCCCUUGGUGGAUGGCUACAUCCCUGCAGAACAGAUCGUGUGUGAGAUGGGGGAGGCCAAACCCAGCCAGCACGCAGGCUUCGUGGAGAUCUGUGUGGCUGUGUGCCGACCCGAGUUCAUGGCCCGAUCCUCACAGCUCUAUUAUUUCAUGACUCUGACUCUCGCAGACCUGAAGCCCACUCGGGGACCCAUGUCUGGAGGCACACAGGUUACCAUCACCGGCACCAACCUGAACGCAGGCAGCAAUGUGGUGGUGAUGUUCGGCAGCCAGCCCUGCCUCUUCCACAGGCGCUCACCAUCCUUCAUUAUUUGUAACACUACCUCCUCAGAUGAGGUGUUGGACAUGAAGGUGACUGUGCAGGUGGACAGGGCCAGGAUCCGACAGGACCUGGUCUUUCAGUACGUGGAGGACCCCACCAUCGUGCGUAUUGAGCCAGAGUGGAGCAUUGUCAGUGGGAACACACCUAUCGCUGUCUGGGGAACUCACCUGGACCUCAUACAGAACCCCCAGAUCCGUGCCAAGCAUGGAGGGAAAGAACACAUCAAUAUCUGUGAGGUCUUGAAUGCUACCGAGAUGACCUGCCAGGCUCCAGCCCUUGCCCUGGGUCCUGACCACCAGUCGGAUCUCACGGAGAGGCCUGAAGAAUUUGGUUUCAUCCUGGACAAUGUCCAGUCUCUGCUAAUUCUCAACAAGACUAACUUCACCUACUAUCCUAACCCAGUGUUUGAAGCUUUCAGUCCCUCAGGAAUCCUGGAGCUCAAGCCUGGCACCCCUAUCAUCCUAAAGGGCAAGAACCUGAUCCCACCUGUGGCUGGAGGCAAUGUGAAGCUGAACUACACCGUGCUGGUUGGGGAGAAACCAUGCACCGUGACAGUGUCGGACGUACAGCUGCUCUGCGAGUCUCCCAACCUCAUCGGCAGGCACAAAGUGAUGGCACGGGUGGGUGGCAUGGAAUAUUCCCCUGGGAUGGUGUACAUUGCCCCAGACAGCCCGCUCAGCCUGCCCGCCAUCGUCAGCAUUGCAGUGGCUGGUGGUCUCCUCAUCAUCUUCAUCGUGGCAGUGCUCAUCGCCUACAAACGCAAGUCCCGAGAGAGUGACCUCACGCUGAAGCGGCUGCAGAUGCAGAUGGACAACCUUGAGUCCCGUGUGGCCCUGGAGUGCAAGGAAGCUUUUGCAGAGCUACAGACAGAUAUCCAUGAGCUUACCAGUGACCUGGAUGGAGCUGGGAUUCCUUUCCUGGACUACAGGACCUACACAAUGAGGGUGCUGUUCCCAGGGAUUGAAGACCAUCCUGUGUUGCGGGACCUUGAGGUACCAGGCUACCGGCAGGAACGUGUGGAGAAAGGCCUGAAGCUCUUUGCCCAGCUCAUCAACAACAAGGUGUUCCUAUUAUCUUUCAUCCGAACUCUUGAGUCUCAGCGCAGCUUUUCCAUGCGCGACCGAGGUAAUGUGGCCUCUCUCAUCAUGACGGUACUUCAGAGCAAGCUAGAGUAUGCCACUGAUGUGCUGAAGCAGCUACUGGCUGACCUCAUUGAUAAGAACCUGGAGAGCAAGAACCACCCCAAGUUGCUGCUCAGGAGGACGGAGUCGGUGGCUGAGAAGAUGCUGACCAAUUGGUUCACGUUUCUCCUCUACAAGUUCCUCAAGGAGUGUGCUGGGGAGCCCCUCUUCUCCCUGUUCUGUGCCAUCAAGCAGCAGAUGGAGAAGGGCCCUAUUGACGCCAUCACAGGAGAAGCCCGCUACUCCCUGAGUGAGGACAAGCUCAUCCGGCAGCAGAUCGAAUACAAGACCCUGGUCCUGAGCUGUGUCAGUCCAGAUAAUGCUAACAGCCCAGAGGUCCCAGUGAAGAUCCUCAACUGUGACACCAUCACUCAGGUCAAGGAAAAGAUCCUGGAUGCCAUCUUCAAGAAUGUGCCAUGCUCUCACCGGCCCAAGGCUGCAGACAUGGACCUGGAGUGGCGACAGGGAAGUGGGGCAAGGAUGAUCCUACAGGAUGAAGAUAUCACCACCAAGAUUGAGAAUGACUGGAAGAGACUCAACACAGUAGCCCACUACCAGGUGCCGGAUGGUUCUGUGGUGGCUUUGGUGUCCAAGCAAGUGACAGCCUAUAAUGCAGUGAACAACUCCACAGUAUCCAGGACUUCAGCAAGUAAAUACGAAAACAUGAUCCGGUACACAGGCAGCCCUGACAGCCUCCGUUCCCGAACACCCAUGAUCACCCCUGACCUGGAAACUGGGGUCAAGCUGUGGCAUCUGGUGAAGAACCAUGAGCAUGGAGACCAGAAGGAGGGGGACCGGGGGAGCAAGAUGGUGUCUGAAAUCUAUCUGACGCGGCUACUGGCCACAAAGGGCACACUGCAGAAGUUUGUGGAUGACCUGUUCGAGACCAUCUUCAGUACAGCCCACCGUGGUUCUGCUCUGCCCCUAGCCAUCAAGUACAUGUUUGACUUCCUCGAUGAGCAGGCUGAUAAGCAUGGUAUCCAUGACCCACAUGUCCGCCAUACCUGGAAAAGCAACUGCCUGCCCCUGCGGUUUUGGGUGAACAUGAUCAAGAAUCCUCAGUUUGUGUUCGACAUUCACAAGAACAGCAUCACGGACGCCUGUCUCUCGGUGGUGGCCCAGACCUUCAUGGACUCCUGCUCCACAUCGGAGCACCGGCUGGGCAAGGACUCCCCCUCCAACAAGCUGCUCUAUGCCAAGGACAUCCCCAGCUACAAGAACUGGGUGGAGAGAUAUUACUCAGACAUUGGGAAGAUGCCAGCGAUCAGUGACCAGGACAUGAAUGCAUACCUGGCCGAGCAGUCACGGAUGCACAUGAAUGAAUUCAACACGAUGAGCGCACUCUCAGAGAUCUUCUCCUACGUGGGCAAAUACAGUGAGGAAAUCCUUGGACCCCUGGACCAUGAUGACCAGUGUGGGAAGCAGAAACUGGCUUACAAACUAGAACAAGUCAUAACCCUCAUGAGCUUAGACAGCUGAGAACUGUCCUUCCAGGGCCAUCCUGGAGGGAGGGACACACCAAGCCGUGCCUCAGUCUAGAUUAUCAUCUUUACCAAGUGCAAGUUCCGACAGGCAUCAGCAGCAGCAACCCCCAGCAGCGCCGCCGUCUCUCCUUUCGUUUUUUCUCUCUCUCCUGUCUCUCCCUCUUUCCGGAGUCCCAUCUCUCUCAGUUGCUCUGUCAGUGUGACUGGACCACGUCACUGACCCUCAGUCAGUCCAGGGCCGGCCAGACCCAUGGUGAGAGACCUGACCAGAAGAUGUCAGAGUGAGGCUCUCCCUCCCAGCUGCUCCUGGCCCCAUGCAUCAGCAGCAGACGAGGAGCUGAGGACGGAGAACACUCCUAUGCUGCUACUUCACCUUCUGCGUUGAGAAUUCAAACUGUGGUCCAAAACCUGGCUUCGGGAAGCAACUGUGAGCUCAGUAUUAUCUGAAGUAGGAGACAUCACUAGGAUCUCCCUUUCCACACACUCAACAAGGGACUAGGCAGUGGCCUGGGUGCUUUGUAACUGUGACAAAAAAAGGCCUUGCCUCCUACAAAUGUUGGAGUGGGGACCAGUAGAAGUUUAAAGAUGCUCUCUCAGGGGCCACUGCCUACACAUUUGAUGUCCAGAAGCCUUCCAUCCCCUUCCCACAGCCUUGGAGGCCUUUCUCCCCUUCCUGUGAAAAGUUGGGACAAGAGAAAGCUAACAGUUACCUUCCACCAUGGAGAAGCUCCUACACCAUCUAAUCUGGUUCCUAAUAGCAGAAAUGUAACAUGGAGAGAGAGAGAGAAAAAAAAAGGGAAGAGAGUAUCAUCUAUGCCAGAAGCAACAUUUAUUGUUCUCUAUUCACCCCCAAGUUCAAAUGCAUCCUGACCAUAGUCAGAGGUCCAUUGCCAGAGCCUCGUAUGUUGUCUAGAGAAGGCAUCUCCAUGUUCCUUUGCCACCAUCAUCAAAGCUCACAGUGAAAUGCAGAGUGCAUCUAGGAGAUUCUACCUCCAGCCAUCUCCAAGGCUCCAUCCCCACUGUCUUUGAGAACACCAUAGAAGGCCAGGGCAGACAGCCCAGCCCCUGCCCCUCCUUCAGAAUCUGGUGCCAUUGCUAUGCAGAUGACUUUGUCACUGGACUGUCCAGACCUCUGUGGGAAUUGUUUCAUCAACAUAUCAGCUGUCUCUUCGGUGGUCCUUCUUCCCCCGUCCCUUCUGAAGUCAUCAUUGGAGGAAACAUACUUAAGCACAGCCUCACCAAGACAGAACAAGAUGCCAGCCAGCCUCAGCCACCAGCUUAUGCCUGGAAGGGACUGGAGAGCCACGUGAGGGACCUGGUUGGAUACAGAGAAAAGUGCAUACCACUAACCACGGCCUUGGCAUUUAACUUUCCAUUGUGUUUUUCCAUCUGUGGAUAUGCCAUUUUGUGUUAGCCACUCAGGCAAAUGUGUGCUCAGAAAUGUAACAAGUGGUUAUGACAAGAGAUGGUCAUCUACAACCUUGAAGGGAUCUUAGAUAGUGAAUGACCCAGUCUCUAGCGUAAGCAAGAAUCUCUUUUGGCAGCUCGGGUUUGUUGUCCAUCACUCAUGGAGACAAGAGAGGCAUUGGAGAAGGUGGUGUUAAUAGCAUCCCUCAUUCUUACCUUCCUUCACGCUCCAUGCAUCACGUCACUUCUUCCCAUAACCUAAAAUGAGCCUCACAUGGAGAAGGAGCCAAGUUUCAAGCCAAGUUCAUGUGUCACCCUGCACCUUUAAGGACAGCAGCUUCUUUGCAUAUGAGAGAGCAGGGUGGAGGGAGGCACCUAGGAAUCUGCAGGAAGCUUGGAAAGAUUUCUUGUCCCAUCUAAGAGGAUGCUGAGAUGGUCUCCUUCUCUGUCCCCUGGCUCAUCCGUCUGUCCUUCAGUGUCAGUAUACUUCACUGAAUGUUAGUGUGUAUGGUAAGAGUAUUUUCUGUCCGUAGGAAAUCAGGAUGUCACCUGCCAAGGCUGAACUUUGGUACCCCAGAGCAGGCAGCACCAUGUGACAUUGCUGUGGACAAAAUGGCAAAGACAUGGAAAGAUUCACUGGAAGUGGGGAGGGGUGACGGCAAAAAAAAUCAAAACACCAAAGGUUUUGGCAAAUCAAGUGCCAGGUGGAGAUGUGGAAUUUCUAUCACUGAUUAUUGUUUUUCUUCCGCGAAGCUACAGGACCUGGCAGGCUUCAGGGUGCAUGUGGAGGUCAGAAUGAGGGAGCACCUCAGCUGAGAAAGUAUUUUUGCACAUAUGAAGGAUGGGGAGAGAGAGGCAUGAACAUAUUUAACACAGAUUUGUGGGAUGGAAGGUGUGUGUGUGUGUGUGUGUGUGUGUGUGUGUGUGUGUGUGUGUGUGGGUACAAGUGUGCUUUGAUUUUUAAGUUUUGCACAGUUAGAAAAAAAUUAACAAGCAGCAAAAAGAGACUUUUACCAUGGUUUUGCUGAUGCUUUUUUUUUUCUGGAUGAUUUUAGUGUUAUUAUUUUGUUGGUACAGUUUUUUUUCCUUGCUUUUGUUAACAAACAAAACUUCAAACACCUCAGAGAAAUACACAUAUCAGGAAGAAAGAAGCAAGACAUUCUUGCCUGGGUUUCCUGGGUCUCCUCAUUUCUCUUGAGGAGGGCUCUAGGCAGAUUAUUUACUUUACUUGGUGAUAUGGGUUCUCUCUGGCACUUCGUAGGCAGUCCCUGUGGCCUGCUUGGGGACUCAGAAAUUGACACCCAUCUUACCUGUAAAAACCUUCCCUUUU